GAGUGUUUAGGAGGAAACUAUACUUCCUCUUUCUAAAGGGAGAAAGGCUUUCUGGUCCAUUACAAACAGUUUGUGCACUUUUUCCCCUGCUGAUAAUUCUGCAACAAGGAUGUAUAUAUUUUGUGCCGUGUUGCUUUUGCAAUUUGUGGUCCUCACCCAUUCUUCGUCUGCAUUAAAUAAAGUGUGGGAGGAAUGGCAAAUUGAACAUGGCAAGUUUUAUGAUAAUAAGACUGAGAUGGAGUUCAGGAGAGCGGUUUGGGAGAAGAACAUGCUGUUUGUGUUGAGACACAACCAGGAAGCCUCAGCAGGAAAGCAAAGCUUCACAAUGGGACUCAAUCAUCUCUCUGACAUGACCGACGAGGAAGUCAAUGAGAAGAUGAACGGCCUGAAGCUGGAGGAGCUGGAUGAUUUCAGAAAUGUCACUUUAAAGGAAGCGAGAGACUCAGCGAUGCCGCAUAGUGUCGACUGGAGGAAGCAAGGCUUGGUCAGUCCGGUCCGAAACCAGGGGUUGUGCGGUUCCUGCUGGGCCUUCAGCUCUCUGGGAGCUCUCGAGGGUCAAAUGAAGAGGAGAACAGGGGUCCUGGUUCCCCUGAGUCCACAGAACCUGGUGGACUGCAGCACCAGCGAUGGAAACCACGGCUGCAAAGGAGGAUACAUCUCCAAAUCCUUCCGCUACGUCAUCCGCAACCGAGGCGUAGACUCAGAGAAAUCUUACCCCUACGAACACAAGAACGGGAAAUGUCGGUAUUCUGUGAAAGGAAAGGCUGGCGACUGCUCUGAUUUCCACAUCCUCCCUGGGGGAGAUGAGAGGGCUCUGCAGGCUGCAGUGGCGUCAGAGGGGCCGGUCGCUGUGGCAGUGAACGCCAGGCUGAUAUCUUUCCAUUUCUACAGAGGAGGUUUAUAUAACGUACCAAACUGCGACCCAAAGUUCAUAAAUCAUGCGGUGCUGGUUGUGGGUUACGGCACAGCCGCAGGACAAGACUUCUGGCUCGUGAAGAACAGUUGGGGCACUGCGUGGGGAGAGGAAGGCUUCAUUCGAAUUGCAAGAAACAAGAACAACCUCUGUGGUAUUGCCAGUUUUGCAGUCUACCCAACGCUGUGAAAAUGUUAUAUAUUUUUUAUAUAUCAGAGACAUUGUUCUUUGUUUUUAGCACAGACACUGAUACCCUGAAAGUAAAAAAAAAAUACUUGUGGAUAUAACAUAAUAAAAAUGUUUCCUUUCUUAAAGUUCAUUUUGAGGAAAAAGUUCUCUAGUGUUUAUUGAAGUUCAUUUUUAAAUGUUGGCUUUGCUUCAGUGUGUUACAGUGAACUUAGUUAAUUUAAUCAAACUCUUCACAUCAAUGUAAUAAACAAAAUGGGUGGCAUGGGUAGAAGAUAUUAUUAAUGUUGUUAGUAGUAGGAAGAGUUGGAUUCAUAUUUAGAUAAAGUAUUUCUUUAUUAAAUAAACAGGUAUUUUUAAAAAAUAA